UAUGGGUGUACUUCAGAUUAUCAGUCAUUCGCGCAAUGAAUACCAAACAUUUUUUUCUAUUCCAAAAAAAUUGAGUGAGAAUUAAUAAUCUCGAUCAAAACGUUUGGCUUGAAAAAGUCUUAGUUUGCACGAAACAAGAGCUGCGCAAGGAGAGCUUGAAUAGUAUGGGCUUCCCAGGGCCGUAACUUCCGAAACCUGCCUAUGGCCUACUUCCUUGUCAAGUGUCGUCUGAAGCAGAGUUCCUAAGUGGAUUUGUAAAUCUUUCUCGUUGUACGUUACAGAUGAUUCAGUUGAGUCAUGUGUGAACGAAACUCUUAAACUACCUUGGGAGAAGCUGAGCUUAACAAUGUGGAAAAAGGAAAACCUGAGAAAAAAUUUCUUACGUGUGAAACAGAUCGCCGACCAAAAUUUAGGAAGGGCAGAAAAGUCAGAGGUUCUCUCAGAAGAUCAACAAGGGAAUGAAAGGCGUGUGGAGAUCGUCAGACAAGUCAGCCAUAACCUAAUCAAGAAAGUCAAUGCUCUGUUGGAAGCUCCACCAGGAACAGAUGUUGAAAAAAGACUGAAAAAACUCCCUGAGACUGGACUGAGUCACACUUUGAUUGAAUCAGCGGGGCUUCUCGGCCCAGAAACACUUCUGGGGGCUAUGUGUCAGAUGUGUGGUGAGUGCCAGAGUUCCCUGGCACGUGAAGAGCUGCAGUGUGAGUUGGAUAUUGAGAAAGAAGUUCUUAUACCUCUUCAAAAUAUUGCAGAGGUUGAUAUUCCAAGCAUAAUGAAAUAUCGAAAGCAGCUAAACAAAUUAACCCUUGACAUGGAUUCAGCAAAAACCAGAUUCAACUCAGCUGUGCGGCAGUCCCAUGUACCUGGAGCAAACAUGGCAUCAGCAGCAGCCAAAGCAGAUGCAGUGAGAGAAGAAUAUGAGGAGGCAGCAAAUAAAGUAGAAAGUAUAAAAGAUAUUCUCAGCAUUGAAUUAUGCAAUUUCAUUGCCAAAGAAAGUGAACAUAGCUCAAGACUGGUUGCUCUGUUAGAAGCACAAUCAUCUUAUCACAAAAAGGCUUUGAGUGUCAUUGAGGAGAUGAUCCCAAAGAUUAAAUCAUUUAUGGAAUCCUCACCCACAAAGCCGAUAUUUGGCAUGGCACUUGAACAGCAUUUGCAGUUGAUGGGAAGAGAUAUAUCGUUGGUGCUUGAGGCCUGCAUUCUCACGCUUCUAGACACAGGCUUGGAAGAAGAGGGUUUGUUUAGGAUAGCUGGAGCAGCCUCAAAGCUAAAAAAGUUAAAGGCAUACUUUGAUGCCAACAUCGUUGACAUGGAAGAGUUUAGUACAGACCCUCAUACAGUGGCAGGUGUAUUGAAGCAGUACUUGAGAGAGUUGCCAGAACCACUUUUGACUUUCGACCUUUAUCCUGAUUUUAUGGCAGCUACCCAGCUUCCAAUGGAACAGCGUAUGCAAGCUUUGAAUAGUACAUUGAAACGGCUUCCAGCCUGCAAUUACAACAACCUUAGGUACUUGAUCAAAUUUCUUGCCAUAUUAGCUGAGAAGAGUAGUGUGAACAAAAUGACACCAAGCAAUAUUGCCAUUGUAAUGGGGCCAAAUCUUCUUUGGUCUUCUGGAGAAACAACGUCAAACAUGCUGACGACUGGGGCUGUCAGUUCUAUCAUUGAGACUUUCAUCAUACAUGCCGAUCGCUUUUUCCCUGGAGAGUUUGGCUUUCAUUUGACGGGGCGUGGCCGUGCCCCUCCCAGUCCCAGCAUUAGCCCCCCUCCCAGUACUGAAAUGUCUCUGGUGUCCAUGAUGGAUGAAUCUCAUCAGCCUCAGUGGGCAGAAAACCAGCAAGAACUCACUGCAUUACCAGCUCCAUCAUUGCCAACAUCAUCAACUGCUCGACCAUUGGACGUGGGCAGCAUGCUUCCUGGUGCCAAUAUUGCCUUGAGUCGCAAAAGCGACCCUUUGGCUCAAGGAACUGGUGAGGAGGUCACCAUUGUAGUGGAGGAGACUGCUGAUUCAGACAGUUACAAUCAGCCAAGCAGCAAUUCCAAGCAACACUACGGGCAAGGUGACAGGCAUCUUAUGGCCCCCUGUGGUGAUGGUCUCAUGCGUGUAAUGCAUCCUACUAACUUUAGUCUCAGUGCUAACAGUGCUCACCAGUCCCCAAUGAGCCCAGGCCUUCCUCCUUCACAAACAUCCACACAUGUGCAGGAUAUGCAAUCCUGCAGCAGGGACUCAUCCUUAUUCCCUUCACUCACUGGCACUAGCAAGAGCGUGCACUCUGACAUGUACACCACCAUGUUUGCCCUCCAUUCUUUGAGGGAGGGAGACAAUGCUGUCUGGUCAGAUUACCGAACUCGCGUUCGUGCCCUUUGGGAUGAACAGUUCAGAUCAUCCCUGAAAACAUCUAAAGGCAAGCCCCCUGUCCCUGCAGAGAGACAGAGCACCCUGUAUUGUUCAUUCCCUCGAGUGCAGACAGCACAGGCAAAGGAACAGACUGUCAGAAGGCAGGCAUCUCUAAAUGGCAGUGCAGGGGCACCAGGUCAGGGCAUCAACUCUAGUAUCAUUGACAGCAAAGACAUAGAUUUUGCUUUGACCUAUCCACCAAGUAGCCCAGGACAAGAACGAGCAGAAGUAUUUCAAACACCAGCACCAAAUCCAGUGAACACACAUCCACAAAUCCCUAACAGCACCACCUCUGUUGUCAGCACCAGUCAGACUUCAUCAGGAGGAGAGAGCCAAGAAGGCCCUCAGACAAGUCCAAAAGUGCAAAGAAAGCCAGCCAAGAAACCAGCACCACCACCUCCACCUGAUCGACCGUACAAUGUUGCUGUGACUGCUAGUGUAACCAAAACUGGUGCAGGAAAUGGCAGUCCAGUCAUUCAGACUUGGCCACAUUCUGCUCCACUUGCAUCACCCGAGUCACCCUCUGAAGUUGGAGAGGGGGAUAGACCAAGGCACUCACCACCAGAACGAAGAAUUUCACAUGGAGCAGACAGACCACACUGCCCUCCACCUGAAAGGCCCCAUGCUCCGCCCCCCGAGCGCCCAAAACCACAUUCAAUACCUCAACAACCAGCAGGACAACCACUUCCAACUCCACCUCCAACAAGUGGUCAUCAGAGAUCUGCAUCCACAGGGGCAAUGUUUAUCAGCAUGAGUUCUCCUGCCCAGACCAGCACCCUCCCAGAGGAGAAGCUUCAUAAAGGCACCAGCUUCAUAAAGGCAAAAAAAAGAUUUACACACCAGAUGUGUAAGACAAAUGCUGUAGCCUUUAUUAUGACAAGAACUCCAAGACCUCAAGCUGAACACAUUUCAAGAACAGAUUUUCAGAUUCUCAUCAAAUUUCCACAUACUUUCAUUUGCAGUACAAAUAAUGUGAUUAUUUUCAGUAUUUGUACAUUUUGAAAUUGUUGUUUUGUGUUUCUUUGAAAAUCAAGUGCCAGUAAGGAAAGACAUUCAACUCUAAUUUCAGCAAGAGGUACAGUGUUCUUGUAAAAUUUUAGUCAUAAAAUAUUGUCUAUGAUACAGUUAAAUAAAAUAAAACCGUUAAUUAUAAAUUUUCAUCAUAUUUUGAUUUGCCAUUACUUUCAAUAGAACAUAGGCAACACCCGUAAACAUUUUCUUUCAGGACAAAACUUAAAAGACUUGAUAAAAGUUUGCAACUUCAUUUUUAUAACAUUGCCUCAUUUGAUCUUGGUGUAGCUGACCAUGUUUUUAAAUAUUUUCAGUUGUUUUAAUUUCUAUUGCCUUUAUAAUUUUUAGAUUACUUUCAACAGUGAAAUCAGUUUUAACAAAAAAUUUUUUUGAGAAGUUUAUCUGCAACAACCAUAGAUCAGCAUUGACUUGAUAAUGGUGUGUAAUUUUGACAUUUGAUAAAGCAACACAUGAUUUUUAGUGAGUUGAAGUGUCAAUAUCUUUUCUUUCCAUUUUUUUCGUGGGGGAGGAGGGAUGGAUGUCUUUUCUAUUAAGCUUAUUACCACAUCCUCUGCUUUCAUUAGCAUCUCUAGUAAACAAAAAAAAAAGUUCUGCAUAGAAUAAUACUUUUUGUAAUCUUAAUUUAUUACAGUGCUAUUACUCUUUUCUGGUGUGAGCUUGCUCCAAACUAAACAUGCAUACACCAUCAGUGAAUAAAUUUUAUUGUUCUGCCAACUUUUGUUUCAAAAGAAGCAGGACCUUGCUUACUGAGAAUUGCAUGCAUGGGUGUAUGGUGGAGGAUCUGGGGGCAAAAGAUCGAUCGUAUGACUACACAUGAAGUUUCAAUGUUCUUUGAAUGUUAGUGGUUAUUAUUCGAUGUUUGUUAUCCACAAGUUCACCUCUCAAGACACUUAUGAAAAUAUUUUUGAGCUGUCUUUAAGCUUAGGAAAAUAAUAUAUUUAUUAUCUAUUAUAUGAAAGCUCUGCGCCUUUAUUUGGGAUCCUUUUGGUGAUUGUAGGCUGUAAUGUGCAUCUCUGACUGCAUCAUUAAAGGGUAACAGCUGUCUAUAAUAUUGUGAUAAAACAUUUUGGUGUACGAUUUUUAAAAACGUUUUUGUCACAUUGUCAUGAUUUUGUUAAAUUUAUGAUAGACUAUAAACAAUCAUACAUUGUGAUAAGUGUGCAUAUGCCUCCUCUAGAACUUUUAGGCGUUGUGUUUUGCUCAUUUUAUUUUAUUUUUGUUGCCAUGAUUUGUUGUCAUUUCACCACUCCGUGACAAAUGCAAGCACAAAAAGUCAUCACUAGUUUCUUUUGCGUUCCUAGUCUCCCCCACAAAUCAGUUUGAUGGCAGAAAAGUUGUUGAAAAGCAGCCAUUUUUUCCAACUUAUAUUCUUUUACAAUUUGCUAAUAUUAUCUUGCAAGCUUUUGAAAAUAAGGAGACUGACAGUACUUGAUUUUGUUGUCUGCUAACAUGUAUGCCAUAACUGUGUGAAAUAAGGGCACGUAUAGCUUAGUACUAGUAUGGUGGUGCAUACACAUGCAAGCGACCUGACUGGCUAUAUGCAUGAAUGUGUCAAUAUUCUUUUUUGUGCGUGACUGCAUCAGUAAUCAACCUGUAACACACAGUUGUUUGUUCACAAGCAAAGCCCUUAUUUAAGGAACGGUGUUAGAUUCAACAGAAAUAAAGUCUGUUGUCAGUG